AUGAUAAAUUCAACUUUAUCCAAUUUAUCUUAUUUUAUUCUAGGAGCUUAUUUGCAUGUUGGAAACUUAAGAUACUUUUAUUUCCUGAUAACUGCUUUGCUUUACAUUGUAAUUGUUGCUGUCAACACGUCUCUCAUUGUGGUUAUCUGUCUGAACAGAAGCUUACAUGAACCUAUGUACCUUUUUCUGUGCAGCCUGUUUGUAAAUGAGCUGUAUGGUAGUACAGGGUUGUUUCCAUUCCUUCUGCUUCAGAUUCUCUCUGACAUUCACACUGUUUCUGUUCCCUUUUGCUACCUGCAGAUUUUCUGUUUGUAUACAUAUGGACAUGUACAAUUUAGUAACUUAGCCGUCAUGUCUUAUGACAGAUAUCUUGCUAUCUGUUAUCCUCUACAAUAUAACACACGCAUGACUUUGAACAAGGUGUUUAUCCUUAUUAUUGUGGUAUGGUUGUACUCUUUUGUGAAAUUUCUAAUGACUUUGUCCUUAAACAUCCGGUUGACACAGUGUGGAAACAUCAUUAACAGUUUAUAUUGUCAGAACUACCUAGUAGUUAAGUUGGCGUGUUCUGACACCAGACUGAAUGACAUUUAUGGACUUGUUGGUAUUGUUUUCUCUGUUGUCAUCCCCCUGCUUCUAAUCUUUUGUUCUUACAUAAAAAUUCUUAAGGUUUGUUUUGCUGCUUCCAAACAGACCAGACAGAAAGCUGUCAGUACCUGCACACCUCAGCUUGUGUCUCUGUUGAACUUUUCUUUUGGCUGCAGCUUUGAGAUACUUCAGAGCAGAUUUGAUAUGACCGGUGUUCCCAGUGUGCUGCGUAUCAUUCUGUCUCUGUAUUUUCUCAUCGUACAACCGCUUUUGAAUCCUAUCAUGUAUGGAAUGCAAAUGUCCAAAAUCCGAAGAACAUUUAAGCGUCUGUUCUGUUUUAAACUGUUGACUGGUCAGAGACUCGUCAAAGUACAAUAA